AUGUACAACGCAGGGAUUUUUGUUUUUGGCAGUAAGAUAUUCGAAGUGCCGCGCCGAGACGCCAUUUCUUGCUUGCCUCUCGAGGUUUCUUGGAGAAUAUUCUCAUAUUUAGACGAGGCAUCCCUAUGUAACGCGAGCCACGCCUUUAAAACGUGGAGAAGGAUUAUUUUAGGGAGCAAAACAUUAAGAAGCCGUAUUAACCAGUUUGAACUGGUUUUUAAGCUAGGUUCAGAGAAAAUGGUUAGGUUUCACAAAAGGAAUAAGAAACUGCUGAAGAAAUUGAGAAUGAAAAAUUAUUUACCUGUGAGUCCCAGAGUCGUUGAAUCAACGAUUAAAACUGUCAGUAGAUUGAAAAGAAGCGGAGAUGAUAUAGUAUUAUGUACGAAGAGAUACAAGAUUUCUUAGUAUUUUUAUGCUAAAUCAUACGCUGUUUUAUUACCAAAAUAUGACAUGUCAAAAGUAACAAAGUUUUCGAAACUAAGACAAUAAAUAAUUACAAAUUAAAA